AUGAUGAAUGUAAAGAAAGAUUCAAUGUCUUCGCAAACUCCUUAAUUACAUUAACUCUCUAAUGUUUUUGAGAUAAUAGCAAGAUACAGUAUUUUAUGUUCAGAGGACAAGUACUUACUAUAUUUUUAAUCCGAAGUUAUAUUUAAAAACAAAACAUCGCACAAUUAAGUAAAUACGAAAAACCUCGCUAAAAAAGGUCACAAUCUUUAUUGCAGCAAGUUUUAGAAAAAAAAAGUGAACUAUUAUCAAAUUUCUAAAAAAGAAAAAGCUUUAUGCAGAAAAGAAGAAAUAUUAUCUGA